GUCGAGCUCAUUUGGAAGCAGCCGAAGACAUUCAUGUCGUACCUUUUUCUCUUAAAUCGCUACCUCACGCCGUUCGGGUUCAUUGCAUCUUUCUAUGCAUACCUGUCCCCAACUUUCACCCAUUCCGUGUGUGAUCACUUCGUCAAAUACGAGAAUGCAACUAUCGUGGUUGGAGUGGACAUAGCGGGACUGAUGAUGCUCCGACGAGUAACAGCUCUGUACCAUGACCGAAUAUUGGUAGCAUUCAUCGCAGGGGUUUUGUUUGCCGUGUGGGUCUGCCUCACGGUGGUGGUUGUCUUCAAUGGCUAUGCCUCUUCGCAUACGCCCGCGGUUCAUUCGUGUACAGAGGCUAUAUGGCUUAAGCCACCAGGGAUGGCUGCGGCAAGUCUGUGGCUCGGGCUGUUAUACGAGACCACAGUGGUAUGUCUCGUCAUAUCCCGGACGCUUUCGUUCAAACCGCACAGGAAUACGAAUACAAUUACGCGUACGUUAGCAAAGGACGGUUUGAUGUAUUACCUUGUUGUAGUCACCAUAAACGUCGUAGGCUCCAUCAUGAUAUACUGUGCGCCUGCCGAGUUGAAAAACGUCUUCGGAAAGUCACAACUCCAUCUAGUGGUCACGAUGAUGUCGCGCAUCACGCUAAAUUUGCCCAAGCAGCACCGCAGAAUGACAGGCCGAGGCUCGCACCAGCCGUCACGAUGGGAGGACGCGGCGUCGCUCUUUCCACCAAUCAACGUCUCAUUGCGUCAAGGUGGUUCCAGUCCGCCGGAUGGGUCCGUGAUGGAGAUGGGGAUGCUCCUGCCAAACCGACCUUCGCGGGCUUUGAGAGCGUCUUUGGAUCCGGACUGAUAGUACAGCGCUUGUCACGUCGGCAAAGUCGGGCGAAUGGUGCUGUCUCCGCCAGCCAAUCAUUCUGUCCGUACAUCUGUACGUCAAUCACCUUCGCAUCGUGGGCGCAACCUGCUCAUUUCUUGGACGACGGAACUAUAUAUAAUCUAAUACCUAAACACCUGUGUCGUUGAACAGCCCUAAUCUAUAUCGUUGAGACCGAG